UUGGAGGAAAUUCCCCUACUGUGGAGCGGGCAAACCCCGUCUAUAUAAACCCCGCCGUUCAAAACCCUUUUAGGGUUUAAGCACCCAUUUCUCUAUCGGAAUUUCGAUGGCUGUCGGGUUGUUGAUUUCAAGAACAGCAUCUAAAACCUUAACACGAUCCCUACUUUCUCCUCCUCCAACAACCGAUCAUCUCUCUAUUUCUCCUCUCGCAAUCUCUCGAUGCCUCCGAAGCCUCCACUCGUUCGUCUCCGAUCGAUUCAAUUUCCAGAACCAUGGCAGAAUCCUGCCCUCUAAUUCCAGGGCCGUUGCCACACGCUCGGUCCUGAUGCAAGAUGCCGCCACAGAGGCCGUCUCAGCCUCACUAGCCGUUGAUAAUCGUGUCCCUGCGACUGUAAUCACUGGAUUCCUAGGAUCCGGAAAGACCACUCUCCUCAACCACAUUUUAACUGCUCAACAUGGAAAAAGGAUUGCCGUCAUAGAGAAUGAGUUUGGGGAGGUGGACAUAGACAGUUCGUUGGUUGCGAAUCAUUCAUCUGUGGCUGAGGAUAUUGUCAUGGUUAACAAUGGUUGCCUAUGUUGUACUGUGAGAGGGGAUCUAGUUAAAAUGCUUUUGGAGUUGGUCAAGAAAAAGCAGGAUAAGUUUGACCAUAUUGUUAUAGAAACAACAGGCCUUGCAAAACCAGCUCCUGUAAUUGAGACAUUCUGUACAGAUGACCUGGUUUCACGGUAUGUGAAACUUGACGGUGUUGUUACUUUGGUUGACUGCAAGCAUGCUAUGCAGCAUUUGAAUGAAGUGAAACCGAGAUGGGUGGUGAAUGAGGCAGUAGAACAAGUUGCAUAUGCAGACCGGAUCAUAUUGAACAAGAUAGAUUUGGUAAGUGAGGCUGACUUGGAGGCAAUGACUCACAAAAUUAAGCAUAUCAAUGCGAUGGCACAAAUUAAACAAGCUAAAUUUGGUGUUGUUGACAUGGACUUUGUUUUAGGAAUUGGUGGAUACGAUCUUGAUAGAAUUGGGACCGAAGUUCAUGCAGAUGGAUCCCAUGAUACAACUCAUCAUAAAGAUGGUGGUCAUGAACACCAUGAAGGACACCAUCAUCAUGGCCAUGUACAUGAUUCUGCUGUCUCCAGUGUCAGCAUAGUUUCUGAGGGUACUCUGGAUCUGGACGAGGUUAAUGACUGGCUAGAGAGGCUGGUCGAUGAGAAAGGGGAUGAUUUGUACAGGAUGAAGGGAGUUUUGUCUGUAGAAGGUUUCAAUGAACGUUAUGUCUUUCAGGGCGUACAUUCCACCCUUGAUGGCUGCCCGGCCAAACCAUGGGGGCCUGAUGAGAAAAGGAUGAGCAAGCUUGUAUUCAUAGGGAGGAAUUUGGAUGAAGCUGUGUUGAGAAAAGGCUUCAAGGGUUGUUUGGUAUAGAAGCUUCUUUUGACGGCUUGUCAGCAACAUACUAUAUGGCAUUGAUCUCAUACUCAAAUCACAACUUACCAUGAUCGAUUCUGGAUGUUCAACUGCCCUUCCUCAAGAGCCGUCACAAGUGUAGCUUCGAAGACUGUAAGCAUUCAGAUCUUGGAACUUGAAUCGAAUCAUGGGCCAUUGGUAUCAUCCUUCUGUGGAGAAUUUUCGGAACUGCCCACAUGCUGAUGAAACAUGACAACCUAAACGGUGAUGAGGAUGGUGGUGAUGGUAGGAAGGAUUAGGAGAGACCGUUUGUAACUUCAGUGAGUAAUCUUGGUGCAACAUAUUCAGAACCGAACCUGUUAUAUAACAAAUCUGUUACUGGAUAUUUGCGGUAACCAGAUAUUUU